GUCUCUUCAUCACUCUCAUCAGAGUUAAGUCUCUCAGAUUGGAAAAGCCGGAGAUUAUGACCGACCAAUCAUAUCGCGUUGCUUACGUUAUUUACUGAAGCGUUGUUUUCGCAACCUCUAUGAAAGCAAGCGCUGCUCAAUUACGUUGGCGAAACGUUGCGUUCGAGUCGCUUGAAUGCUUUCUACGCGUACAUUUUAUUUACGAAUAGUGUAAAUGCAGACAUAUAUUUAUGUAUAUAAAGUAAUUAAAGCGACUGUAACAUCACAUCAGACCAUACUUUUAUACAUAAAUAUAUACACAGUUAUCGACAAGUCUAGGUACACUACUCAAGCAAGAUGGUACAAAACAGCACAUCCUUUAUUACCUACAGUGAGGACUGUCAGUUCCCCAUCCAGAACUUGCCGUAUGGUGUGUUCAAGCACAAUGGUAGCACCCGUAUCGGUGUUGCUAUCGGAGACCAAGUCCUAGAUCUGUCUCAGGUAAAGCACUUCUUCGACGGACCCGCUAUGGCCGCCAACCAGCGGGUUUUCGACGAAGGGAGUCUUAACAAAUUCAUGGGUCUAGGUCGCCCAGCCUGGAAGGAAGUUCGGUCCACUCUGCAGCGCAUUCUCUCCGCUAACGAGCCCGUACUUCGCGACGACAAGACGCUACGCGAGAGCGCUUUCGUUGCAAUUUCCGACGUUGAGAUGGUGUUACCCGCCCAAAUCGGUGACUACACAGACUUCUACUCGUCGCGAGAUCACGCCACCAACGUGGGUAUCAUGUUCCGUGGCAAAGACAACGCGCUCAUGCCCAACUGGUUGCAUCUACCUGUAGGCUACCACGGCCGUGCUUCCUCCGUAGUCGUGUCUGGUACACCUGUACGCAGACCCUGUGGACAAACCAAGGCAGAUGAGACUAAACCCCCUGUGUACGGUCCGUGCCGUUUGUUGGAUUUCGAGCUUGAGACUGCCUUUUUCGUAGGCCCUGGAAACAAGCUUGGAGAACCCAUCCCUAUUGCUGAGGCGCAGGAUCACAUCUUUGGUAUGGUCUUGAUGAACGAUUGGAGUGCCCGAGACAUCCAGAAGUGGGAGUACAUUCCCCUCGGCCCAUUCCUUGCAAAGAACUUUGCCAGUACAAUUUCACCAUGGGUGGUGACUAUGGAUGCCCUUGAAGACUUCAAGCUGGCCAACUGGGAUCAGAGCGAACCUAAACCUUUGCCAUACCUGCAGCACGAUGACCCUUACACAUUCGAUAUGAAGCUGUUCGUCGAUAUCAAGUCUGAGACGACUGAGAAGACUGUUUGUGAGUCCAACUUCAAGUACAUGUACUGGACCAUGAAGCAGCAAUUAGCCCACCACUCCGUCAGUGGAUGUAACAUGAGGCCCGGAGAUCUUCUAGGUUCCGGUACCAUCUCAGGUCCCAACCCCGAAUCCUUCGGAUCCAUGUUGGAACAGUCAUGGAAGGGAUCUAAGACUGUAGACAUCGGAAACGGAGAGACAAGGAAGUUCAUUGCCGACGGUGAUGAAGUGACUGUCCGAGGUUACUGUCAGGGUGAGGGAUACCGUAUCGGAUUUGGCGAGGCCAGCGGCUUAGUCUUGCCCGCCAAACCCCUGGAGAGCUAAGAGAGUCGGCAUCAAUGAAAGUGGGCGGUGGGAGACAUGGAGUAGGCUUGGCGUAUACGUUAUGUAUAUAGAGGCGUGUGGGAUAUAUGAGACUACGAAAGUACUAUAUACGCCUUCUGCGCUGGAAGGCAUAUAGCUUGCACUUUUGGCAGAGUGAUCCUUGCGUCGAAGGGGGAAUCAUUCGAUAUGUAUUCUCCAUGUUGUAUCGUCAAACGCUUGGGACUUUACUUAAUUAUUCUACCCUGCACGCCUAGUGAUACUCAAAUGACGAUAGAAUCAAAUAUUAAAUAUUAGAUAUGUUACCAGCUUUUGCAUGUGUAGGCAGUCAGGUUUACUGCCACCAUGAAUUCUUCGGUAUCUCCCUAUGUAUGAGAUCCAGAGCUAAAGGGCAGCAACUGUUGACGGUCGAGAUACGAGAUCGAAUACAGUGAUGCAGGUUUUAGCGGAAGUCGUGCAAUAAAGCUGGAUAGCCCUUUUUUAGCAGCGAUUUCGCUAACGCGCGUGAAUUGAUUCCUUUUUGUAUAUUGACAAUUUGAGACGGCACUUCUCGCAACCUCAGUCAAAUGCUUUUAAAAUACUACAAAAAUUGUUUGAAUAGACGCUCGACUUGGUCUUGGAAGUGCAAGACUCUGUACAGUUGUUCAGAAAUUCGUGAAGAUAUCGCAAUCUUCCAUACGCCGAUAGGUACAAACUAAUCUCCGAUGUCUUGUACAUGCGCAAGAUCAGGGGAUUCGUUGGUAAAGUCUCGACCAGACGACGCAAUCUGAUCCAGUACCCGAAGGUGUCACAUAUGCAUUGGAAGGGAUUUAACCAUAUUUCGUUGAAGUUGCUGACUCACGAUGAGCUUACUAUAAAUAAUAAUAUACUUUGUAAACAGU